UGACGCUGGACACAGCCCGGGCGUGUGACACUGCUGCCUGACAGAUAAACAAACCCCUUGUUGCAUGGCUCUCUGGACCUUUAACAACUAACGUCGGCAGCCUCAGAGGGGCUAGACAGAUGAUGUUAAAGCUGACACAGGCCCAUUGGCUAAAAGAGUAUGGCACCAUUGACGAAAAGUUGAAUAUAAGAGUUGGGUCCGCUGAGAGUGACCCAGUGUGAUAACUGCAUGCUGCAUGUCUGAUAACCACCCAUCACCCACCUGCACCUCCGUUCAGAUGCAUGGCCCCCUCUUUAGAAAAUGACUUACGUCUUGCAGUUCCUUGCAUGUUGUGCCGUGAGUGUGUCAUCAUGAGGAAAGACAGGGAUAACCCUCUGGCACUGUCAUCCAAGAAGCAAUGCCAGGGCCAGACGUACUACAGACGAGAGCUAGAGAGGCUGCGUGCUGAUUUGGAAGCGGAGAAGAGGCGAGCACAGCGGACCCGUGGACACCUCAGUGUGGAGCUCAGGCUCCUGCGGGAAGAAGCAGAGAGGAAACAACAGAGGGCGGUGAGGGAGCUGACGGCCAAGCGGGGUUGCCAAACGGACAGUCGCGCUAACAGACACCUGGCUACGGAGGUGAACACUAAAGACAGUGGACGAUACAGUCCACCCCCUGGUAAAGAGUCUUUAUCUUUCUGCAGCAAGGAAUUGUAUAUAAAGCUGGAGCAGUUGCUGCUGACGCUGAAUGAGAAGAUAAAUGGCGAGCAUGCAGUUUAUAAAGUGCAUCACAGGCAGGAAUUUGAGCUAGAAAAAGCUGUCUUACUCUGCCACCUGCUAGAGGCCCAUGAAAGACUACUGUUGCAGGGGAGGCAGAGAGGAGGACACCCCAGCUACAUUUUUAGACGUCUCUCGAGAAAGCCAACUCAGGAAGACAGCAGUGACUCUUCUCAGACAAAGCCUCUCCAGACCUACUCCAGGGCCUUGCUGCAGAGAUCUCACAGUGCCUCUCACUCUGCUAAGAAGAAAACCAAACAAGAUCGGCGAGCGCAGACUGUAGGGUGGUCCCACAGUGCAGCUGACCCCUGCGCCACCGCUGCAGUCGUGGACACCUGUCGGAGCACCUCCCUGAAGAUUUGUCACCCUCACAGCGCUCCCCAUGCAGGCUGGGACGACCAGCCCACCAGCUGCGCUGAGUCCUCUGGGUCAGAUGAGUCACCGCCCUCCAGAAACAUGGAGAGAGUGAUGUAUGACCUGUGCACUCGGCCCGAGCAGCCCGAGCCUGCACCGGCACCCACAGAGAUGGAGGGCCGUGAGGUGGCUGAGGCUCUCGGACAACAGCAGCAGGAGUUGAGGUCGGAGGAGCAGGAUAGUAAGCAACACGGGCUCUCGGACAAGGCAGUCCCAACUACAGCUAAUAUCACUCCAACGUCACUUUUAGGAAAAAGGCACCACUCACUUUAUGCCAACCUCAAUGGUUUCGAAGUAGAAGGUAUACGCAAGAAUGGAACUGACUAUGGCUUCUUGGUGCGUCAGAACUCUGAACUGUUGCGAGCCCUCGAUGAGCUGGAGAAGACUUGUACCACACUGAGGGAGGAGAAUGGCCUGCUGCGGAAGAGCAGCGCCCCAGAGACCGAGGAGAAGGUCAGGCGGCUGAGGAGAAAGAACACAGAGCUGGCUGUUCUGGCUAAGAGGCUGGAAGAGAGGGCACGGAAGCUGCAGGAGGCCAACCUCAAAGUGGUGAACUCCCCGUCACUGAUGAGACCCGGGUCAGUGGAACAGUACAAGAGGGCGUUUGCCCGUCAGCGAGCUCGUGACCUUGCCCAGCAUGCCGAUGCGCUGCUAUGGAAGGAUAAAGAGAUCGCUGCCCUACAGAAGGAGUGUAGAGACCUGGAGGCACGGCUGGGCACCACUAAGGGCUCCCCUGUUCCAUCUGGCAGAGUGGAAUUCGAGAGGCUUCUCAGGGAGUCUCAGAGGGAGGUGCUGCGGCUCCAGAGACAGCUGUCGGUCACAUCAUCCAGUCAGCAGCACAACCACAGUCCCGACCUCAGUGGUCCAGAAAAGUGUGGGCAAAUUGAGGAAGAGGAGGAGGAGGAGGAGAGGGGGGAGGGGGAAAAGAAGGUUGUAGGAGGGACCCCGUGUGUGGUAUUAGAUGAAGCUCCAUCCAGGUGUGAGAAGACUCCCGGAGCGGAGGAGGAGUCGGGGCUGCGAGUGACGCCCCAUCCGGGCCUCAGCCCGACCCCCUCCCAUCAGGAGGAGCACACAGAGGAGCAGCGCCUACAGUUUCUGGAAAGUGAGCUGAGCAAGAAGAGAAAAGAAUGUGAAAACCUUGAGCAUGAAGUAAAGAAGCGACAGAAGAGAUGUCUGGAUUUGGAGAGCCAGCUUGAGGAUGAGCGAGGCAAAAAUGAGCAACUAAAGGAGGAGGCAGAUCUCCUCAGGAGGAAGGCACAGCUGCUCGACCAGACUCGGGCUGAGAAUGAGGAGCUGAGGGAAGAUCUCUCUGAAGUGACCGCUCGACACAAUUCAGUUCUCGAGGAGAACCAGAGACUCCGUGCCAAACUGGAGAACCUAGAGCAGGUCCUAAAGCAUAUGCGAGAGGUAGCCGAGCGAAGGCAGCAGCUGGAAUUGGAACAUGAGCAGGCACUGGCUAUCCUUAAGUUCAAACAGGAUGAAAUCAAGCGGUUACAGCGGGCUCAGUUAUUCGCCAAGAGGGAGCAUGAGGGAGUGGUUCAGAUGCUGGAGGAGUUGACUCAGCUUGUGUUGCGGAGGGAGCUGUCAAAGGUACGAGAUCUGGAGGAGAAAUGUCGCAGCCAGAGCGAACAGUUUGGCUUGCUGUCCCAAGAGUUGGACAAGUUUCGACUGCAGGCCUCGAAGGUGGACCUGGCUGGCUCUAGCCUCCUUAACAAUCCCGGCCUCUCUGUUCUGACUAAUGGGGUGGGCCUGACUACUGAACGAGACUGCACUGGUGGCUCAUGGGAUAUGGUGUCCCUGGGUGAAAUAGCCUUCUGGAGUCUCGAGGGAGGUGACUCUCUCUCCUGCCCUGAGGAUGUGGCUGCCGCUCUGCGGAUGGGGGCCACCCCCCACGCUGCAGGGCUGUCCAGGGUUGAGCGCUCGCCUGUCACCAAACACCGAGAGCUGCCCACCAUCAGUGUCAGCAAGUCAGGCUCUUCCUCCAGCAAGUCAGAGACCGCACACCUCACCCCCAAGUCUGACACCCACCUCAGUCCGCACAAAUCAAGCCCAACACAUGAGGUGGACACGGCCAGUGAAGUAGAAGAGUUGGACAUUGAUGUAGCCCCGGCACCUUAUACAGCCAGCAGAGGAGCUGCAAAGCUUCAGGUUUUCAUUGCAAGAUACAGCUAUAAUCCAUACGAUGGCCCCAAUGACAACCCUGAGGUGGAGCUUCCUCUCACUGCUGGAGAAUACAUCUAUGUAUAUGGAGACAUGGAUGAUGAUGGCUUCUAUGAAGGCGAGCUGAUGGAUGGACGGAGAGGGCUGGUCCCUUCUAACUUUGUGGAACGUGUAUCGGAUGACGAUGUCAUGAGUGCUAACCAUCCAGUGACGGGGGACAUGUCCCAUAACUCCCUUCUAGACAGCAGCCUGCACAGUGCCAGCCACCAGCAUCACCUCCACAUGGGCGUCAGCGCCUCAGAAAGGACAGAGGUCUCUGUUGCCUCUGGCCCUGCCUCAGCCCCUUCAGACCCAGCAUCGGCCUUGGCUGUCCCAGCCCCCCUCACCAACGGCCUGGACUUGGAUUUGGAGGAGGUGGGAGUGGACAUUGUGCCUUACCCACGUAAACUCACCCUCAUCAAGCAGCUUGCCAAGAGCAUUAUCAUCGGCUGGGACCCUCCGUUGGUGCCGGCUGGGUGGGGCAAUGUGUGGAGCUAUAAUGUGUAUGUGGACCAGGAGCUGCGGCUCAACGUGCCCUUCGGUUCCCAGACCAAAGCGGUGCUGGAGCGGCUUGACAUUAACCUCAAGGCCUACCGCGUGUCAGUACAAAGCCUGACAGAGAAAGGCCUCUCAGACCAGCUGCGCUGCAGCUUGCUGGUCGGUCGGGACGUUUGUGUGGCGCCCACGCAGGUGCGCGUGGAGAGGAUCACCGCCACCUCUGCCAACUUGACCUGGCUGCCCAGCAACAGUAACUAUGUGCACAUUGUGUCUUUGAAUGAGGAGGAGUGUGAGCUGGUAAAGGCUGGCUGCUACUCGCUGUGCCUCAAUAACCUCUUGCCCAGUCUGCAGUACACAGUCAAAGUGGAGGCACGGCCGCACCGCACGCCAUGGGAGUUACCUGUGGAGCGGCGUGAACACAGAAGCGCUACAGUCACCUUCACCACACUGAUGGCAGGUCCCCCUGAUGCUCCUCUGGAUGUCCAGCUGGAGCACGGCCCCACCCCGGGGAUCGCCCUCAUCAGCUGGCUGCCAGUCACUAUAGAUGCUGCUGGGACCUCCAACGGAGUCCGUGUCACUGGAUAUACCAUAUAUGCUGACAAGAGAAAGGUGCUGGAGGUGGCUUCCCCAACAGCUGGCAGCGCUCUGCUGGGCCCCUCUCAGAUCCAGUCUCUGCAGGCAGCUCAGGAGCUCACUGUCCGCACCAUGUCUGCCCACGGGGAGUCCUGUGACUCUUUCCCAGUCAAUGUGCCCUCCAAGCUGCCUGCCAUCAUGGCGGGUCCAGCUAUCACCUCCCCAGUUGUGCCAGCCCUAACCUGCCCACCCGCAGGUCCCACUAACCUGCCCUCACCGCCGUCCUACGGGAACUCUGCUGCCAAAGUCUCCAUGCUGCCCAGCUCUAUGCCAUCAGAUACACACAUCACUGGCCUCACAGUGGAGGUUGAUGCCAACACUCCUCACGCUCUCCACUCUGAAGAGUUUCUCUCAUCUGCCUCAUAUGUGAAGGCCUGGGCCAACCCGUCUUCUGCUGCUGCCUUGGCUGCGUGUGAGGCCACAUUACCAGUAGUCUCCACCAUCACUCCAGUGGUUCAUGUGACCUCCCCCACCAACUCAGCACCUCAACCAUCACCAAUAACGGUAGCAGUACCAGAACCAGCACCUGCACCAGCACCAGUCACGGCAGCGGUAGCAGCAGCAGCAGCAGUGUUGGAGCUGCGCAGAGACACUGACAGCCCUGGAACAAUACGACCUUUCCCCUCCAUCACAGAGUUCAUUGAGGACCCCAGUGCCAAGCUUGGGACGCCUGAGCGCAUCCCCACCCCACCCAAAGCCCUGACAACAGACCUCCUUAACCCUCAGGACACUAACCCCCUCCGACUCCUCUGCACUUCACCACUGGAGUCAGAGGUAGAAGAGGAGCUAGAGAAUACCCGCUUGGUGUCCAUAGAGGAGUUCUUGAGACAAGACAGCGAGCCAAUAAUCUGUAGGGCGCAGCAGAGUUACAACAGAGGAUCGGUGGAACCUCCCAGCGACUACCAUGCAGACAACAGCCGGUCAGAUCUGUCUGACAUCCUGGAGGAGGAAGAGGAAGAUUACUCAGACCACCUUGGAGAAGCACAGCCCAGGGGCUACACCGUUGGAGCUAACAGGUCACACAAGUUGGCGACUCCAGACAGUGAUGAGGAGGUUCUUGAGAGGAUCCUUAAGUUGCCUCCACAGCUCUCCCACACCAAGCAGCUAUUCAGCAUUCCUGAGGUGACAGAGGAGGAAGAUAGCAGCCAAGAAGAGCAUUUAGCUCACCGCAGUCAGCCUCGGCCCAGGCCCGGCCACCAACGCUCCAGGGACUCUGAACGCGCCCACCAUGGCCCCCAUUACCACCCACAUCAGCCCAACCCAUACCCCCACAUUCCCCCUCACCAUCACCACUUCAACAGGGACCCCAGAUCCAUAACCAAAGAGCCUUUACUCAGGCAUGGACCCUUGCCAGUCAAGCCUAAGACGCAGCACAGGGUGCACUAUGCAGACACAGUUGACACCAUCAGUUACCCUGAGGAGGAUGACAUGAAUAUAUAUGAAGGACCCACCAGCAGGCGGGUCUCAGCCCGCUGUCCUCCCCAGCCGACCCCCAACAGCAAAGAAAGAGUACCGUCACUACUCAAAGGGCUAGGGGACCGCCUUAGGAGGGAGGCCAUGCUCAGGAGCCAGAUGGCUGCCGCUGCGGCAACCAACCCCGGCUAUGGUCAUACCCCGCCAAGACCCUACCCAGUCAGCAAAACGGUACGGACUUUGAGGUCUCCUAUAAGCCGCGGGGUGGAGAUUGACGUCGAGUAUGGCACAGAUAACGAGGAACCUGUGGAGUACGGUCCGGGAGAGGUGGUGGUGGAGCAGAUGAGCUCUGAGUGGUGGGUGGAGGGGGCUCAGAUGGAGCUCAGCAGACCUCCGCACCGCCGAGGGCUGAAAGCUGAUCCGCUGGAGCCAAGCCAGAUCCCUCCAGCUGAGGCAGGUCCAUCGUGGGCAGGCCAGGCCGAGGUCUCUUCUAAACCAGGGGGCUCGCAGGCCAGGCAACUGAAAGGUGUUGUUGAUUCACCAAAGAUAAAAGGAGACGGUGACAUACGCAUCUUUGUGGCCCUCUUCCCUUACGAUCCUGCCAUUAUGUCACCCAAUCCUGAUGCUGCUGAGGAAGAACUGCCCUUCACUGAAGGACAGAUUAUCAAAGUUUACGGAGAUAAAGAUCCAGAUGGGUUCUACCGAGGAGAGUCUGGCGGUCGCCUGGGCUUCGUGCCAUGUAACAUGGUGUCUGAGAUCCAAGUGGAGGAUGAGGAGACUCGGCAGCAGCUGCUGCUGCAAGGCUUCCUGUCCACAGCAGCUUCCAUGGAGAAAAUAGGCACUCGCACACAUGCACAGCUUCCCCGUCGCCCUGUUCCACCGCCGAAACCGAGACGAUCCAAGAAAGUGGAGUCUGCAGCACUCUGGGAGGAGAGCGUAGACUCCUCCUGUCAAGAUCCCAGCCAGGCUGCCGCUGCCACCGCCUCCUCCACCACCGUCGCACCUGUGGCAAACCCAGCCCCAGGAGCUAGAAGAAUGGUCGCCAUCUUUGAUUAUGAUCCACGGGAGAGCUCCCCCAACACAGACAUAGAGGCCGAGCUGACCUUCAGUGCAGGAGACAUCAUACAUGUGUUUGGUGACAUGGAUGAAGAUGGCUUCUUCUACGGAGAUUUAAAUGGACACAGAGGCUUAGUCCCCUCCAACUUCCUGCAGGCCUUACCAGAGGACGCUCCAGCAGAACAUGUCUCUGCUCAGCCUGCACCAGAACCCAAGAAAGAAUCACAGGAGACCUGGACAUCUUCUACAAAACCACAGGAUCACGUGCCCUCAACAGAAGAAGAGCCCUCUCCCCCCCAAACAGAACCUCCAAUCCCUGACCCACAAGAGCACACAGACCCAAAACCCAAACUGACCAGCCUGGCUGCAAGCCCCAUGUCAGACCUGGACCCUGCUUCACCACCUGCUCCCGGUCCAGCUACAGUGGAGGCCUGCAGCUCCGCUCCAACCCCCCUGCCAACAGACAGCCCGACAAAGACAGACUGCGCUGCUCAAGGCAAGAAGAAGAAAGGCUUUUUCUCCAAAGGCAAGAAGCUGUUCAAAAAGCUGGGAUCCAGCAAGAAAGACUGACUCUGAAUACUUGUGUCACACUGAAAGCACUUUUCUAUCUUCACUGUUAGUCUCAGUCGGUAGUCUGCGCGGUUAGUGGCUAUCAACUCUACAACUUUAUAAAUGAUACAUUCGCCUUCGAGCACUGCUAGACCAACUGUUAAAUUUAGAGUACUUUGAACCAUACAGCUUACAGCGUCACAGGAGCAUGUAGAAGUGCAUGCUGAAGAGUGCAAACUCUCAAAUAUAUUCUGUCAAUGCUUCCUAAUUAUCCACGCAGCAAGUGUUCAGUUCAUUAGAGGCUUUAAUGCUUGAUAUAAAAUACUAAGUUAUCUCUGUCUGUGGAUUGGACUGAUUCAGAACUAUCUGAUACAGAACACCAGACAAGACUUCAGCCCAGACACAGCUAAUGAAACAUUAGCUUUAAUAUUCACGUACUGGUGCCACUUUAUUUAUUUGAAGCAAACAAACAGGCGCAGCAAUCUAUCUCUUCCUCUGUGUGACCGUAAAGAAUGCACUAUCCAUCCUGACUGGAUGUAUUUUAAAUAUGUCUGCUUGUCACUCUAAGAGUAUUUAUACAGUACUUUGUACAGAACAUGUUAUUUAUUUGUCAUCACCACAUUGCAUGAUGUGACAUCAGGUUAGUUAUAUAGAACUGUCAGAGAUGGUUAUGAUCCACUCUCUGUAGUUUAGAUGGAACCUAAUUUGGGGGUUUCGGUCAAUAUCAUUUUAUUGAAGCUGAACGUGUUGUUAAAUGUGAAGAAUACGAAGGUGUGUGUGUGUGCGUGUGUGCGUGUGUGAGAGGGAGAGAGAGAGAAAGAGAGAGAGAGACUGAACAGUUGCCUUUCUCAGACAUUAACACAGGAACUCUUGAUGUUUGUGACCACAGAUGUAACUGGCCUAAAUGUUGUAUCCGACAAACGUGUGACAGUGUGACAGACCUGCAGCGUGUGCAAAACUGCUGUCACAUCUGGUGAUCAGCGGGCUGAUGUGUUAGCUAGAAGGGCUCCAGCUGAUUGUGAUUUUCAAAUCAUUAACAAUUCACCUUUUAAACUAAAUUUUUGCUUAACUGAUCAAUCGUUUACACUAUAAAGCGGCAAAAAACGUUGAAACAUUGAAAUUGUUUGUCAUUUUGUCCGAGGAACAGUUCAAAACCCGGAGACGUUCAGUUUAAUAUUUCAUGGUGAUAGUUAGUUAGAGCUUAAACUUUAAAAUAAGCCAAGGGAAACCUUAUGGAAGCUGCGCUAAUUAUUAUUUGAAUGAUUCAAUCAUUCAGCUCGAUCACAAGUUAAUUACUUUGUUACCUUGUGUUAACAAAGCUCAUUUUCUCAUGAUAACAGGAUUAUCUUGUUAUCUCAAUGUAACAAAGCUUGUUUUCUUAAGAUAAUGAAAUAAUUAACGUGUGAUCUUGAGAUAACGGCCGAGAACAGCCACACUUGCAGUUAUUCAUUUUUUAUUGAGUCAGUUCUUUUCAACCUCGACUUAAGUAUCUUACCUUGAGAUAACAAAGUUAAUUUUAUCAUGAUAUAUAAUGAUAUAUCUGAUAUAUAUCAUGAACUAAUAAAUAACUAAUUCCAGACAACGCCAUUUCAGUAAAUUGCAAGCAUGGCUGUUUUCAGCCUCCAAAUGAAUCAGCAAAAUCUCACAUUUAAGAGCAGAAAAUCCAUCCAGUGUUUGGCAUUUUUGUUUAAACAAUCAGUAUUCUGAGUACCUGACAGUUAUUUUCCUCUCAUUUGACUCAUCUGGGGUUUGAGAGUGUGGGGGAUUGCUCAGACAACCUGCAUCCAACCUAAAACCCCCACUUUACUUGAGUAUUUUCCAAAGCCUGAGGCGCGUCACACAUUUAGAAAACCUCUCGCAUAACUGAUUCAUCGACAAGUUAUGCAGCUUGAGAUGAUUUAUACCUUAAAAUCUUAGUACAGAAAAUAAUCUAGUUUGAUAUAAGAUCCGGAUUUGUGUGAAGCAAUAACCUUCGGCGACGGUUGCGUUAACAGCCGCCGCAGUUACCAGUUUGAAGCUGAACAGUUUGGGAUUCAGUAUGUUUUGAAACGUGGCGUGUCGAGUUACUAACAGGAACAACACUUGGUGUUUUUUUUUUUUGUUUUUUUUUACUGUACUGUGAUGGACUCUGCAAUAAGGUGUUUGUGUAUCUCUUUCUUUUGUCUCCGUGUCAACUUGUUGCGUUCGACCGUGUCAUAACGUCUCUCUCAGCCCAUGCAAUGCAGUUGGCGGUUAGAUUGGUUUUUUGUGUCCACACAUUUUGCAUAAUUGAAUUAUGGACUGUUUGGCUCGAGCUAAGUAAUACAACUUUAGCAAUAUAGCGUGUAGUGUUCUGCAUUACCAGAACAAAAAUGGAAGUCUCCUGUAUCUUUUAAUGGCACUCACUUAUAUCAAUGUGUAUUACAAACACUCGAUUCUGAUGCGAAUGUGUGGAGCAGGCCUUAGUAUUCAUUUACAACUCGUGCAGUGAUUGUUCACUCGGUCCGAUAGGAUCUUUAACGGGGAUGUAAGGUCACUUCUCAGGUUUUUACUCGUAGUUUUCUUACUCACGCUGAGCCACGUGUCGACGCCGGCUGUCAGAUAAAAAAAAAAAGACAAAAAAAGACAAAACUGCAGAAUAUGCCAAAAUCUUAGGUGCUUUCGCUCGUUACCAUAGCUACAAGAGACCAAGCAUCCGGCAGCGCGGUGGGGUGGGGGGUUUGGGGGGGGGGGCACGGUGGACUAGUGGAAGCGUGACGGUGACACCUGAUUUCACACGUUGUUGAAGUAGAUGGAGGCAAUUGUAUUAUUUAUUUAUUUUUUUCAUCAACGUCAUGAAUGUUUUAUGUCAGUGUUUGCAUUUAGGGAGCAUGAUGAUGCCAAGAAUUAAAGGGAGGGGCGGAUCAAAGACACUUUAGUCAUGAAAUAGCCGGGGUAGAGGCAAGACGAGACUGUACUGUAUGUUUGUUUUAUUUCUUUUCUUCUUUUUUUUUCUAAAAAUGGGUGGGGGGGUGGAUGCUCAAAAGUUGCCGAAAUGUACAGCGAAUAUUUGUACUGAUCUUGUAUUUGACGGCCUUUAAUGCACAAGUUAAUCCUCUACCUGCUGUGUAGUGAGUAGGCGGCUCCACUGUUGACCCAUCUUAGAGGUAGUUGAUCAUAUUUAGCCUUACAAGAAGACCUUGUUUAGUCUUAAUAUGUUGUUUACAGGAUGUUUAUUAUUAUUGACUGCAUGCAUACCAAUGUUAUACCCAUGUUCGGCCUUAUUUAUGUUACUGUUACAUUUGUGUGUUUCUAGGCUGACCCGGUCUACAGCGUUUGACUUGUAGAUUGUCGAUGCAGUGGAAAAGGAAGCCGUAGGAGAGCUGUCUUGUACAUAACGAACAGUGUUGUGGUAUAUUUUCAUACAGCGAGGGAACUUUUUUUUUUCUUUCUUUCUUUUUGUCUUUCCUGACCUGCAUUCAUUGUUCGAAACCAGUGGAAGAUGAACCUUUUUUAUAUAUUCAUGUUUUUAUUACCCCUUUGGAAGCUCAUGUGUAAAUAUUUUUGUUAAUAUUGUUUUUUUUUCAGAUUUUCUUUUCUUUUUUUCUUUUUUUUUUUGCAUGUCCAGGCAUUGUUGAUCGGAGGAACAGUAACUAAAAGGUGUAGAACCCAGGGGGGACUCGUUGACUUGAAAUUGUGGUGGUUUCUUUCAAUAUGGAUCUUUUUACAGGAAUAAAGUAUGUAUAUUUUCACAGAAACAGAGUCUGCGAUGCAUGUGGUGUUCCAGGAAAAACAGAAGUCGACACAAGAUUUAUUUUUUUUUUUUUCAUUCUCGUCUUUAUUGCUCAUCAUACAGGUUACACGUGAUCAUUUUUUUUUUUUUUUCUUUCAGGUGGAAAAGAGUUGCAAUCUUUGCUCGGCGCCCACACACCGCCCAUGUGAACUGACUGGGGCAACACUCUGGGCGAUGCGUGGCCUUUUGUGAGACAAAGCAGCUUCCUCUUUUUUUUCUUUUUUUUUUCAGACUUCCUGCGCGGGCUCCUCUCCUCUCCCUGAAGCCAACAGUACACUCAUCCAUAAAGUAGGAAACACUACACUGUGGCGAGGAGUUUAGUAGUGCUUUCUACUUUAUGGAUGACUGCACUGUACAUCCAAUCGUCCUCUUCCGUCUUCCACUUCUCUCUUCUUCUGCACCUGCACACACAUAGACACACACAUACCAUCCCCCACCCAGACACACACUUUCACCCGAACUGAAACCCACUCAGCUCGACGCUCGAGACGGCCCCUCGCGUUUGUCGAAGCAGAAAAUGCACACUUCCUGAUUUGUCUUUGCCAUUUGCAUGUAUAGUUUUUUUACACAAAUCAAAAUUCAAAUCCAAGUUCGGACUGUUAAACGUUUUUAAUAGGAGGCAAAACUCAGACAAAAGGACCCAGUCUGUACACCUCAAACUGCGCCUGAGUGCAGUUUUUUGAGGCAAAAGUCAGAAACUAAGCCACUUGCCAGAGGAAGCGCUAUCUUGAGGAAGCCAUUUUGUCGGGCAUGAGUAAGCUUUUCUGUCUGCGCGAAGGAUCAUUCAUAAGUCGUUGUACAUUCAUACAUACGUCCUCCAGAAUGACUCAAACGUAGAAAUGUUGUAAGCAAAAACAAAUAAAAAAUAUCAAGUAGAUACAUUAAACACUCAAAUGAAUACAUUUAACAUUACAGGAGUAAAGAAAAGGUUGUUUAGUUUGAGGUAGAAAGUUUUUACAUCAAGAUCCAAAUGGACUUCUGAACAGAGACCACUCGACUAAAAGUGAGAUCGAAAGAAAUGCAGAAGUAAUGGAGAAAACGUUGCUCUUACGUAUCCAUCAUUAUCUGACAAGCAAAAAAAAAAAAAA